AAAUAAAAACGUUAUGUUAACGGUAAAAAAAUAUUACGUGCCGAAACCGUGGUCGCGCAUUAAUAAUGUUAAUAGUCACUUGUUUGUUUUCUCUUUCAGCCGUUUGUCUGCAGUCUGCACGCCAUAUUGCAGUGUGUUUUAAUAUAUUACUGACCGUGAAAUAACGUACAGUUUGUGUUUCAGGAUUUUGUGUUAAUAUUGUGUAUUUUAACUUUGUUAUAUUAUUUAUUAUCUACUAUUGUAAUGAUGGAAUUUGUUAUCGUUUUGAUAUUUUGUGUGGUUCUUGUGAUUGCUGUAAUGGUAAUUGGUUCCGGGAUGGGGAAAGCUACUUCGUCGCAGCGUCAGAUGGACAUCAUUAACGUCGCUCAGAACUUAUAUGUUUUAAUUAGAAAAGGCGACUUGAAGAAAUGUGACGUUACGCAGACGACCGCGUUUCUUCUCAACAUCGCAAAGUCAACUGUUCUCAAGUACUACAAGAAAGACAUUGAAGAAGUUUCAACACCAGGAAAAAAGAGGGAAAAAAGGCCACAGGAAGGAAAGUCACUUGACACAGUCGACGAUUUCACAGUAAAUGCAAUCAGGAAUGCAAUUUACAGGAUGUACGCUGAAGGUUUGAAUGUUACAGUCGACACCAUUUUGAAAGAAAUCAGGGAAAGACAAAUAGAUUAUUAUGGUGGAAGAUCAAGUCUUCAUAAAUUGUUAAAGAAGAUGGGAUUUUCAUGGACAACUGUUGAUGGACGAAAAGCUUUGAUAGAGAAUGAAAACAUAGUAUUGCAGCGAAUAGAUUUCUUGAGAAAGUAUAAAGAAGAAAAAGAAAGAGGAACUGUAUCAAAGUCAUGGCAGGACAAGAGUCUACAAUCUGCGAAGAGACGUACUGUUGGAGAUGGUAAAAGGUUUAUUGUUGUUAAUGCUGGAGGGCGCACUGGCUUUGUGCCAGGAGCAGGAUUACUUUUUGUUUCAGGUCAGAAGACUGCAGACUACCAUGGCGAGAUGAAUGGGGAAACUUUCUUGAUGUGGUUUGAAGACAUGUUGGUGCAUCUUGAGGAACCCAGUGUCAUCAUAAUGGACAAUGCUUCAUAUCACAGCACCCAGGUUGAGAAAACACCUACAACGAACUGGACCAAGGCUGCACUGAUCGCGUGGCUGGAGAAGAAUGGGAUAAAACAUGAAAAUAAUUUGUUGAAAGUGGAGCUGCUGAGAAUAGCUAAACAAAACAAGCCCCGAAUACGAUGGGCGAGGUGUGUGGAUCACGUGGAGAAGCUAAUUCAAGCAGACUGGGAGAGAGAAGUCCACAUAGACAGCGGCACCAUUCCUCCACUCAUCAUCCACCUCGGCGAGGAUAGUUCAAGUGAAGACAGUGACAGCGAAGAAUUUGAGGUUACGACACAGCAAGUAGAUGGAGACAGUGAAGUACUGGCAGUUCCUCUUGAUGAUUUACCCGGGUGUUCUUAUUGAGGUCUGUAUGUAAUAAACACCUGGGCAACUGUAAGUAUUGGGGUUUGAAACAUUUUUUUUUCUUUUAUGCAUUCCCAUUAAGUAUGUUGAUUACUGGAACUUUAUGUAUUAACUUUAUAUUACACGUAUUAUGAAAUUAAUAAUAAAUUUCAUUUCUGGAUUCGUAUAGGUGUAUGUGAAACAUUUUAUUUUGUUGUGUGUCUUCAUUUUUCAGUGAACUUACUUGGAAAACAAAAAGCCAGUCCCCAUCCAGGGCCACAAAUAAAUAAUGCAUAUAAGUGGUAUAGAAAUUACUGUCAAUUCUUCACCACAAUUUUACUGUUCAUAAAAUUAUGAUUUUGUCUAAUAAGUAUACUCAGGAAAAUGUAUAUAACCAUAUUUUUAUUUGUGGCCUUAACCGGCAAAAUGGUAGGGGUUUAUUAAAUAAAAGAAGAAAAUUCAUUUUUAAAUGUUUUCAUCUGAAUUUGUUAAUUUUAUUAAACCUUCAAUCCUUAGUCUUUUCCAGAUUGCUUAGAUGGACAGCCAUAUGUAUAAUUUACAAUACUUUUUUUUUCAGAUGCAGAAAACUGUGUUGAACUGUACUAAAUGAUGAUAUUUAUUGCUUACAUAAAUGUUGUAAAUUUAUAUAUUCUCCUAAAAAUUUACUUUAAAUUAUAUGUUAUUUCUUUAGCUAACAAACUUAUUUUUUAAUAUUUUUACCAUUGGGUAUCAUAAAUAAUGUUAUGAACAUAUACAUGUAUACUUAGAUCAUAUUCAAAUUACUUAUAUAUAUAUAUAUAUA